AGGGCGCAAAGAACACACCCAGGGUACAACUCCAUUUAUAACUCCUCCACCUCCGCCAACUCCUCCAAGCACAACAACUGCACCAGGAACAACAACUGCACCAGUAACAACAACUGCACCAGGCACAACAACUGGACCAAUAACAACAACUGGACCAGGCACAACAACAGCACCAGGUACAACAACUGGACCUGAAACAACAACUGGACCAGGCACAACAACUGGACCAGUAACAACAACUGGACCAGUUUCAACAACUGGGCCAGGUACAACAACAGGACCAGUAACAACAACUGGACCAGGUACAACAACUGGACCAGGUACUACAAGCGGACUACAAACAACAACUGGACCAAAAACAACAACUGGACCAGGCACAACAACAGCACCAGGCACAACAACUGGACCAGGAACAACAACUGGACCAGGAACAACAACUGGACCAGUUACAACAAGGGGACCAGUAACAACAACUGGACCAGGCACAACAACAGGACCAGGUACAACAACUGGGCCAGCAACAACAACAGGACAAGCUAUAACAACUGGACAAGGCACAACAACUGGACCAGGCACAACAACUGGACCAGGCACAACAACUGGACCAGUAACAACAACUGGACCAGGCACAACAACUGGACCAGGCACAACAUCUGCACCAGGUACAACAACAGGACCUGGUACAACAACGGGUCCAGUAACAACAACUGCACCAGGAACAACAACUGGACCAGUUACAACAACUGGGCCACAAACAACAUCUGGUCCAGGUACUACAACUGGACCAGAAACAACAACUGGACCAGGUUCAACAACUGCACCAGGUACAACAACUGGACCAGUAACAACUACUGGACCACAAACAACAACUGGACCAGUCACAACAACUGGACCAGGUACUACAACUGGACCACAAACGACAACUGGACAAGCCACAACAACGGUAUCAGGUACAACAUCUGGACCAGGCACAACAACUGCACCAGGAACAACAACAGGACCUGGUACAACAACGGGACCAGUAACAACAACUGCACCAGGAACAUCAACUGGACCAGUUACAACUACUGGGCCACAAACAACAUCUGGUCCAGGUACUACAACUGGACCAGAAACAACAACUGGACCAGGUUCAACAACUGCACCAGGUACAACAACUGGACCAGUAACAACUACUGGACCACAAACAACAACUGGACCAGUUACGACAAGUGGACCACAAACAACAAGUGGACCAGGCACAACAACGGGACCAGUUACAACAACUGGACCAGAGACAACAACUGGACCAGUUACAACAACUGCACCAGGUACAACAACUGGACCAGGCACAACAACUGCACCAGUUACAACAACUGCACCAGGUACAACAACUGCACCAGGUACAACAACAGGACCUGGUACAACAACAGGACCAGUAACAACAACUGCACCAGGAACAACAACUGGACCAGUAACUGCAACAGGACCAGUUACAACAACUGGGCCACAAACAACAACUGGUCCAGGUACUACAACUGGACCAGAAACAACAACUGGACUAGAAACAACAACUGGAUCAAUCACAACAACUGGACUAGGUACAACAACAGGACCACAAUCAACAACUGCAACAGGUAAAUCAA